AUAAGCGUGUGGGGAAGCUUCCUACCUAUUUCCACACGACUUGUAUAUAAAUUGCUGCUUCAGUCCUCACCUCUGUACGGAUUUCUCAACAAAUCCUCCAUGAUUUCAAUUCUUCCCUAAUGUUUCUGAAUUUUCGUCUCCCAAUUCGAUCUCCAUAGCCAGCGACGAAAUCACAGAAUUAAAAGCAUGGCCAGAACACGAGGCAUCUCGCUGAAACACCGCGUCGCCGCAAUUUUCCGGCGGAACGCCUCUCCACCGCAACGCCGCAAAUCCAGCGGGAUGAUCGGGUGGGCUCACAAGGUCGGGUCGAAAGUGAAAUCGGCGCUAGCGCAGGCGGCGGGCGGGAAAUACAAGCGGGAUCCGAUUUUAGGGAAGCCAGUACCCGUUCCGAAGGGGCACAUGGCGGUGUACGUGGGGCAGAGCGACGGCGAAUUCGAGCGGAUUCUGGUGCCGGUGGUGUAUUUCAACCAUCCGUUGUUUGGGGAUUUGUUGAAGGAGUCGGAAUAUGAGUUCGGGUUCAAUCAGCCGGGCGGGAUAACUAUACCUUGUCGGAUCGCGGAGUUUGAGCGUGUUCAGACCCGGAUUAAGACGGGUCACUGUACCCGGAAGUUGGUGAGAUGGAAGAGUUUGACGCCUUGAUUUUUACUUUUAAUACAGAUUUGUAAUUACCCUAGCAAGCUUUUUUCUCCCUUUUUCACUUUUUGUUACGUUUUCUUUGUUACAUAGAAAUAUACGCACCUUUUUCAUGAUACUA